AUGCCUUAUUUUAUUUUCGGAGAGAGCCAACUGCAGUCGCAUGCAAGAGACCAUGAUAGUGGCCAAAGUGAGUUUGAGACUGUCCACGAUCAAAUAAUUGCUGCUAAUGAAGAGUUCAACACAAGAAAAUUGGAAGCGGCCACAAAUUCUGUGACUUUACAAAAUAAAAAUGAAGCAAAGAUCCUCGAUUUCUAUCAAGGGGACAUUGUACUUGACCAAGAAACCAAACAACUACUAGAAAGUCCAAGAAAUAACAAGUUUAAACGAAACGCUGUACGACAUCGUAGAUACCUAUGGACAUCACGCAUCAUUCCAUAUCAAGUACCUUACUUCAUGAGUCACAUCAAAGCCAACCUGGGCAUUGCUAUCAGCGAAUUUCACAAAUAUACAUGUCUGCGAUUUGUUCCUUAUAGUAACCAGAAAAGUUACAUUACAUUUGACCAAAAUGAUGGGUGCUCAUCAAGGGUUGGCAUGAAACACUGGCCCCCAGGAAAACAAACUAUCUCAAUCCAACGGAACUGCAAUACGCCAGGAAGCAUCAUUCAUGAGCUUCUGCACGCAAUUGGCUUCUGGCACGAACAAUCGCGUUCUGAUAGGGACAAAUAUGUUAGGAUCAACUUUGAAAACAUUAUAGACGAUGCAAGGGAUCAGUUCAAAAAAUACAGUUGGAAAGACAUUGACGAUCUGGGACUUGAUUACGAUUACGAGUCAAUUAUGCAUUACUCGCGUACGGCAUUCACUAAAAAUGGCGAACCAACUAUUCAAGCCCUUCACAAUCCAGAAAUAAAAUUUGGAAAUGGUCAGCAGCGACUGAGUAUAAAAGAUAUAAUAGAAAUCAACGCUCUGUAUGACUGUAAACGUAAGCAGUACGGAUGGACAGCAUGGUCAAGCUACACACCUUGCAACAAGAAUUGUAAGAGGUCGCGUGAGCGUUAUUGUUAUCAUGAUGGCGACAUCAAGUUUUGUGGUGGGAACGUYAACGCAUUUGGAAUUGAACGUCAAGAAUUUCAUUGUCCUAACUGCCCAGAGCCAAUCGAUGGUCAUUGGGGAAACUGGGGUUCAUGGUCCUCUUGUUCUGCUACAUGCGACGAAGGCCUUCAUAAACGCGAGCGUGUUUGUGACAACCCUGUACCAGCACACGGGGGUAAACYAUGCAUUGGCAGUGGUUCGAAAGAAGCUUACUGUUCAUUGAGAAGAUGUCAUCUUGACAUUGACUUCAAAUUCUGGUUAUCAGUUAAAGAUCCAGAGUGUGAUUUGAGUCGAUUUGUGUUGCUUGUGCUGUCCAAUGAAUUUUGUUGGUCUUCGGCUGCUCAAUGA